CUAAGCCCCAAUUUCUCACUUAGUUACCAAGAAUUCCGACAAAUUGAUUACUCAGUCAGGCUGAAUCCCAACCCCUCACCAUCGUGGAGCUACUGAGCAUUGCCCCAAUAGACAAGGCCUUAUGAAAUAAACCAAACUUAUAUAAUCUCUCACUGUCCUCAACCCCUCCUCCACUGUGUCUCAAGUACUCUUUAAAUCCUCGAGCGUUUAUCGUCCCAAUCAAAGAUCUUCUUAUUCUACACAAACAUUGAAAUCGCCUAAAACAAACCCCAGAACUUUCAAAAACCACUACCCUCUCUAUUCCCUCUCAAUACACUUCAAAACCAUCAUUACCACCCCAAAAUGUCCGUCCGGGUCAUCAUCUACGCCUACCGCAAACCGGGCCUCGACCUCCAAACCUUCAAGGAGCGCUACGAAGCCCACAUUGGGCUAGUUAAGCGUCUCUCCGGCGACGACUUCCCUCUCUCCCACAAGCGUAUGUACGUUGCGCGCACUACAAUUGAGCAACCUCAAACCGGGGAGGGCAACAACAACAACUCGACCCGCAAUGCCCUCACGCCUGCCACCGUGCUUGUCGGCCAGCAGACAGAUUUCGAUUUUGAUGCCUACGCCGAACUCACUUUCGCGGACCAGACUGCCUUCCAGACGUUCUCUGCCAAGGUGAUGGCGCCUGAAGCGGCAGCGCAGAUUGCGGCGGAUGAGGAAGGAUUUUUGGACCGGAGCAAGUUGGGAAUUGCGCUUUUGGGGGAUGUGGUGGAGACUACCAAUUAGUAGGGGAAGGAUAAAGAUGAGGUGGGGUGUCGCUAAAUGUAUAUUUCCAUUCAAUUUUUUUUUCCCCUUUGGGCUUAAUAGCACAUGUGGAUGUUCAUGGAUCAUUGUAUCGGAAUAGUUGUUAGUGGAAGGAUGGGAAUCCUUUUGAUUAGAAGCACCGGCAGUCUGAUUACCCUAGGAAUUAUAUGUACCUCUUGCAAUGAAUUGAUGUAGGGAAACACGAAAGACUAUACUAUAAGUACAAUACAGAUAGGCCGUUGGAAGAGGC